AUAAACAAGGAAGUUGCUGAUUAAGACAAAUUUCACUAAUAUGUAAUUUAUCAUCUUUAUUAAAAAAUUUAAUUAAUAAUUAAAAAUUUCGAUUAAAAUAAAUCCACGAUGGAGAAACUUACAAUUGUGGGAAAUUUUACGAAAACUUUGGAAUUAUUAAGAAAUACAGAAUGCACGUCGAAGGAAAAAAUCAAUUAUUUUCAUCAAAUAUCUGAUUUUAUUAUUUCACCGGCAAUGACAUCACAACCAAAUUAUGCAAAAUAUUGUAGUAAUGCUAUUGGAAUUCUCUUGUUAUUUUGUGAAGAUUUAGAUACACCUGUAAGAAUGAAUGCCGAAGAAAAUUUAAAUAAGGUGAUUAGAUCAAUGGAAACAAACCGCGUCAGCCGAAUAUUACAUGAUCUAUUUAAUGAAAUAAAGAAAAAUGGAAAUGAGAGGUCACUUCGAAUUUGUUUGAAAUUGUUUGGGUUCUAUUGUCCAAAAAUAAAAGAGAAGCAUGUUAAAUGGUAUGCUGUUAAAUUAUUAUCGCCAUUACAAUUAAUUGUCAAAAGAAAGGAACGGGACCUUCAGGAAACUUUGGUCAAAUUUAUGGAAAGCUAUGGAAUAAAUCUACAAGUUUGUUUGAACGAUAAUGAGACAGUUAAACUUUUAGAAGUAAUUUUACUCAAUAUUAUAUCAGAUUGCCCUGUAAAACGAAGAUCUUCAGCUCAAAUGUGUGUAACUUUAAUUGAGAAUUCCAAAAAUAAAAGCAAAAUGGCUAGCCAAAGUAUUAAUAAAUGUGUUGGUUUUCUUAAAAAUGAUGUAGGAGAAAAUUGCAUACAAAAGAAACGAAAUGAAAAAGAAAACGAGCAUAAACAAAAUCCACAGACACAACAACAACAAGAACAACAACAAACUAAUACUUUACUUGGUGUAUUAGGAUUUUUUCGUUUACUUUUUCCUAUCCUAAUAUCUGAAAAUUUAGCUUUUGACGUACUUCAGAUAAUCGAAAUAUAUGAUUUUUGUUUAUAUUUGCUUAACAAUCACAAUCAUUCCAUUAUUAAUGCAUCCUUAGAGGUUAUCAAUUCAAUAUUGAUGCGGUUACCAGGAAACGAGAAGUUAGUAGAAAUUCUUACUAAUGGUAGUGAACCUUAUAAAUGUGUUAUUACUCAAAGUAAUGAAUUCAUUGCUGGUAAUAAUGAAGAACGAUUUCUGCAAAAUGAAUUUUUAAAGAAAAGGAAAUCUUUGAAAAAUCAAAUAUUUCAAUUAUAUGAAAAAAAACUGAAUACUCUAUGCGACAUGUCAUUAUCUACCCCGCCGCCACGUCCCCCAAAACCAUCGCAUUUAACAACAAAAUCACCCGUUAAGUCUACAGCAUUAAAUACCAUCUCUUACACUGAUCGAAAGACGUGCACUUUAUUGAAUGUUGAAGGAAAUCAUGAACAGCAAGAGCAACUAAAUAAAUUAAAAAAUAGAAAUGAAAUAGAACAAAGCAAGAAGCAUUUCAAAAGUAUUUUCACAAUUGAUUACAAUGAUAAUGAUAACAACGCUGAGUGUGAUGAUGACGGUGCUUUACAGAAAAGGAAAUCACCACUCAAGACAACAAUAACCAAUGAUUUUAGCGGUGCACUCGUAGAAGAAGAACUGAAUAAACAUCAACAAACUGUACAGAACGUAAAUAAGAACAAAAAUGAAGAAAUUUCUUCGAAAAAUUUAUUUGUUGAUGAUGAUGAUGACGGUUUAGUUAUAGAAUCUCCAUUAUCUAUAACUAAAAAUAUUUCUGAUAGUGAUGGUGAUGUCAACGAAAACGGUGAUAAAAAAAAUAACAUUCAAAUUACAAUGCUUCCUUAUGUUGUUAGUGAUACAAAUGAAUCAAAGAAACUAUUUGAUGACAAUAAUGAUAUUGAUGAAUCGAAAUCCUUAUCAAUGAUGGUGUCAUCGUUUAUAUCAUCAUCAUCUCAAAUGGAUACCGUUGAGGAAGUAUUGAAAGAAAGUGGUGAACGGGCACUUUUGGAAGAAAAAGAAAAUUUAGAUGGGUUUUCAACUCUAUCAAAUGAAUUAAAUGAAUAUGAUGAUUCACAUUCAAGGAUUAAUACAUCAGAAGAUAAAUCACAAUUAUUGAGUGACUUAGAUAAUGAGUCAUUUAAUAGUAUUGAUUUUGAAUCUGAAAUAACGAUAGAUAGCGAACAAUUGACAGAAAAGACGAAGAAGCCUGGAUCUGAAAAGAGUAGCAGUAUUACUAGUGAUUGGAGAUUACAAAAAUCUACAGAAUCAAUUGGAUCUUUUUUCAAUAGUUUAUUAUCAAAUUCACAUACAGAAUCAGUCACAAAACUUUUUCGACCAUCAAUAGUAAAAUCUUCAUCAUCUGUAACAAAUACAAAUGAAAUCAACAUUGAUACUAGUAACGAUAAACCAAAUCAGAAUAAAGAUCAAAUUCAACAACCAGUUUUAACAAUGUCCAUGACAAAUGAAGAAUCUGUUGGAAAAAUUGAAGGAUGUAAUUCUAUGACAUCAAGUAUAAUAACAAAAGAUGAAAAACGGCAACAUCAACAAAUACCACUCGCUAGUAGUUAUGAUACAGCUUCUACAGCAUUUUCAAAUUUAGUUACGACAUUAACCGUAACAACACCAAAAAUAGAAAGAAAAAUAAAUAUGACCACAAUUGAUGAUGAUACAAUAUCCCUAGAGUCUAUAAAUUCUCAUAUCUCAAUGUUUAGUCACGUUUCAUAUCAAAGUAGUAGUGGAACACAAGAUUUUAUCCUUAAGAAUGAACAGGAUUUAGAUAUAAUACAGGAAAAUCAACACCAACAAUCCGUACAACAAUCACCAGAAAAAGAAAAAAAAGAUAUUGUGGAAAAUUUCAUCAAAAAUUAUAAUGUUGAUAACGACGAUGAAAUUGAAUAUGUUGAAUCAAAUAAUCAAAACAAAAAAAAUGAAUUAGAGUCAAAUCAUCAUCAACAUCAUCAACAACAACAUAGUCACCAUCAAUAUGAAGAUUAUAAUUUAGAUGAACAUAAGAAUAAUGAAAAAAAGGAUUCUCAUGCCUCAAGUAAAGUUUUAUUGGAUGAAAGUGGUAUACAUAUGAAUAAAAAUAUAUCCUCAGUGUAUAAAAUAAAGGCGGAUUGUUAUGAUAAAGUUGAAAAUCUAAAAAGCAUGAUGAAAAUUGCAACUAAUGAAGAAAAAGAAUGUGAACAACAAGAAAAUUUUAAACAAGACGAAAAACGUCAAAAUAUGGCUAGAAGUAGAACACUAAGCACAGAUAGUAAUUGCAGCAAUAUAAGUAAAAAAUAUAAUCCUUUUAAUAAUCUUUCUAAUAUUGGAUUUUCAGCAAAUAAUUUAGGUCCCUAUUUAGAAAUUGGUGAUAUAUAUGAUCAAAAUAUUAUUUAUUAUACAAUUCGUUUAAUUACAACAAAAUUUUUGUUAACUGGAACACCAUAUUUUGGUAGCCAAAUUACAAAUGAUAUAACUAAAUCAUUAAUAUCGGAUCAAAAAGUAUUAGUAUCAAUUAAACAUCUAUCAUUAAUGGUAAUUGGAAAUUGUAUAAAACUAAUGCCUCAAGCUUUACAGAUACCAUUAGAAUUUGAUUUAAUUGAAUUAGAAAAAAUAAGAGAAUUUAAUGAAAAAGAUAAUGCAGAUUACAUGUCAUCAACAUCUACAAGUAAUAAUAGCAGUCAAGAUUUGGAGAAGAGUCCUUUGCAACCCAUAGAAGAAGCUAUUCCACAAAUUGCUCCUAAAGAUUCAUUGAGUAACUCUCAAAGUAAUGGAAAUUUUGAAUUAGAAAUUAAAGAUGACCAUUUUGGUGAAAGUACAGCUACAGAAAUAUUACUAAAUUAUCCAAUGUCUCGGAGCUGCGAUUCUUCCCAGUUAAAAUCUGAAUUAAAAAGUUCACCACAAGUUUUACCAAAAUUUGAAGAAUCAAAAGGUGCCAAGCCCAAAUCAAAAUUUUCUUUGUUAAGUAAAUUAAUACCUCAACCAAAAGUAAUUGAUUCGAAAACAGAGUUUCAUGUUACCGUUAACGAAACACCUGAAGUGUUAACAAAAAUAUCUAUACCGAUUAAUAAUGUUAGUGAGGAUAAACCUCCGAUUUUACCAAGAAGGAAAUCUCUUUUAAAACACUCUAAAACAGUAACAAAUAGUGAUGAUACUUCCAAAGAAACUCAAGAUAAAAAUAUUUAUAAAAUUGUUAGUCCGAUGAAAAGUCCAAUGAAAAAGUUAAUAGCACCAAAUCCUAAUAAGCAAUUUGUUAGCGAUAUUUUAUUAUUCUACAAACAUUCUGAUCCAGUAUUACGUGGUGAUGUUCAAGUUAUUGUUGGAAAUUUUUUAUAUUCUGCUUUGAAAUCAGGUUUCUAUAAUAUUAUGCUAAACGAUAUAAUGCAAUGUAAUAAAAUUUUAUAUGGAAAUGAAAAUGACAUGAGAAUUCCUCGGGAAUCUGUUAUUUUUGCCAAAUAUUCAUUAAAUAUAGAGAGAUUAAUGGCAAUUUUAAUAAUGGGUUUGCGAGAUGAAAUUCAUACUGUGGUCAUACAUGCUUUGACCUCUUUUGAUAAAAUAUUCCCAUUGGUUAUGCUAAAGCAUUUUAAUCAUUUGUAUCAAAUAAAGAAUAAUGAGAAGAAAACGAAGAAGGAGCAAGAAAAUAUGAAGUAUGUGAUGUUGAAUAUGCAAGAGAAAAAGUUUAAUUUAAAUAAUAAUAAAAAUGAAAAUAAAAAUAAAAAUAUAAAAAUAGAAAUGGAUGAAAAAAGAAAUAUCAUAAAGUUGCCAUCAGCGGAAAUUACAAUGUAUAAAGAUUGCGACACUCAAGAUAAAUUAAUAGACAAAAUAUUGAUGAUGAUAAAAAUAAGAAAAAAUUUUUAUUUAAAAAGAUAUAAUAAUAAUAAAAAUGAAAAAAGUUUUAUAGAAAAUUACGACUAUAAUAAUCAAAGCAAAAGUAAUAAUAAUUUAAAAGAAUUUGUUGUUGAAGAAUCAAAAGAUGAAAAUGAUAACAUCACUUUGAAAAUGAUUUUAGAUGAAAUUCGUUUAUGUUGUCAUAGUAAAAAUUGGUCUGUACAAAAUAAAUAUAUUGAAAUGAUAACAAAUUUUAAUAUUUUUGGAUUACAAGAAGCUUAUUGCAAUUAUAAUGAUGAUAAAAAUAAUGUUGAUACUGAUAAUGAUGAAAUAAUUCUUAGUUAUCAGCGAAUUUUAAUCAAUGAAUUUAUUGAAUUUCUUGGUAAUGAUGAUUUUCGUGUGAGAAAUCAUGCAAUUCAAAAUUUACCGCAAUUUAUUAGAAAUCAAUGUUUCAUCGAAGCGAAUUUAAGUAAAAUGAAAUCACGUCACCAAUUACAAUCAAAAAAGUUAUAUGAUGAAAAUCAAUACGAAAAUUUUGAAGAACAAAAACAACAUGAAUGGAAUCGAAAUCAGUAUCAGUAUUGGCAAAAUCAGCAAAAUAAUUUAAGUUUAUUGACAGAAGAAAAAGAACAGAAUAAUCAAGAGAAAAAAUAUCAAGAGCAACAGCAGCAACAUCAAUAUUUAAAACAACAACAGCAACAGCAAUAUGAACAGCAACAUGAGCAAAUGCAACAACUUUAUAUAACAAAUUUCAAUCUUGUUAAAGAACUUUUUAACUAUCGUAUUUUUUAUGGAUUGUCUCCAACAUUUGGAAAUUUAUUGAAUGCCAAAUGUUUGCCCAGCAAUCAAAUUGAAAAACUUUUAGCGAAAGUUUUAUAUAUUCUAACAAAUAAACUUAUGGAAUUGAAUAACAAAAAUUUGCAGAUUGGCGUUAUUGGAGCUAUUAAAACCUUAUUAUAUGAAUUUCAUCCUAUCGAUUUUUAUGAACAAUGGAAUGAAUUUAAUAUUGUAAGCAUUUGUAUGCAAUUCGCUUAUGAAAAUUAUCCACUUGCAACAGAUUUAAGUUGUCAAAAUGAUUUGAUUGAUAUAACGACAACACUUUUAUCAGCAAACAUGUUACAUAACAGCAAAACAAUUGAUAAUAAUUUAAUUGAAACAUUAUUUGGGCAUGUCAUGAAAAUAUUGAACAUUUACAAUCAUUUAUUAGGUAAUCAAAAACCAAUAUUAUUUGGUAAAUCGCAUAAAAAUGAGUUAUUUCAAAAUUCAAAAGAAAUUGCUAUCAUUAGUAAUUAUGGAUAUUUCGGAAAUGAUUACCUAUAUAUUAAAUUAUAUAAUUUGUUGAAAAUUAGUUUUGAUAAUUAUAAGAUUCAAAUUAAACCGGAUUCUGGUGAAACUAUGAUUCAAUUGUUAAAAACAUGUUUGAAUGCAUUAUCUACAUUACUGGAUAUUAGAGAACAUGCAACAAUUUCAUCACCUCAAGAAACAACAAAAUCAUCAUUUACAUCUGUAUUGGGAACACCAGCGAAAAAAUCUAAUAAUAAUCAAAAUAUUAAUAACAGCAGUACAAAUAAUAUUCAAUUUACUGAUAUUAAAAUUAUUGAAGAAAUUCUUCAAUAUCUAACAACAUUGAUAAAUUAUCAACCAGUGGAAUGUAUAAUGUGCUUGAGGCAAUUAUUGAAAUUUCUUUUUGGUAAUAACUAUGCAAGUCGUAAAACUGACUAUGAAAAAUUUAUAAAAAUUUAUUUAAAAGCUAGAAAACAAAUUUUUAGUGAAAAUAAUUUUAAUGAAAAUUUGAAAAAAUAUCAUAAUAAUAUUAUUAGAAAUGAUGCAAAUACUAUUUUAAUAUCAAAGAAAAAUAAUGAAGAACCAGAAUUAUAUGUAAAAGAUGAAACUGAAAUAUUACAAGUGAAAAAUCAACAAAAUAAUUCAUAUAAUAUGUUUGUAAUGGAAAAUUUAGAUAAAAAUAAAAUUGAUGUCAAAGAAAGGAUAUCUGAACAACAAAAACAACAACAAGAGCAACAGAAAGAGCAACAUAAAUUGUAUUCACCGCGAGUAAUAAAACAGAAUAAUAUUCAUGAAACAUUGAAGCAAGAGACGGAAAUAAUUCUUUUAGAUUUAUUUCGAUAUUCUAUGAACUUUCCAUUGGGAAAAUCGAAAAGUGAAGAAGAUUGUGCCAAAUAUAUAAAGUUAUUCGAUCCUUUAGUUAUAUUUUGUUUACCGUUGUUUAUGAAAUCAAAUGCAGUUAUACAGAGGCCUAUUUUAGAUUUAUUAUCCCAACUACUUGAAUUCAAUGUAACUUAUAGUGUAUUAGAUUCAAAACAAAUGAUUUUUGAACAAAUAAUCAAAAUGUUAGAAUCAAUUGAAAAUGGAAUUGCAAGGAAUUCAACAAUUAUUGUGAUGUCAAUAAUGAGAUUUUUGGUAAACCUAGCACGAAAAAAUGAUAAAAAAUUAAUAACCAUUCCAAAAAUUAUUAAUUAUACUAGUAGUUUAUUAGCAAAUAAUUCAAUAAGAAAAUGUAGUAUAUUAGCAUUAAAAGGAUUAGCAUUUGAAUUAUUUUUCAAUGAGAUGCCAAAUCGUUCAAAUAGUAAAUUAAAUAAAAUUGCAUCUGUUAUAGCAUCGACACCAACAUCAAUCUCAUUAAAAAGCAGUGACAGUAAUGCAAGUUUAGACAGUUAUAAUAAAAGUUUUUUAAAGAACAAUAGUAGUUUCAACUUUUUAUCAAACGAUAAAGAAUCAAAUAUUCAAAAAGAGGUAGUCCUUAAUAUGCUAGAAAAAUUUAUUGAUUAUUCAGAAUGUGCAAAAAUUAUGGUAAUAUUAUUACUUUGGCGUAAUGUUUGGUUUGAAUCGAAUACACCAAAUGAAAAUGAUGAAAAACAAGAAAAAUUUCAACAGGAGCAUUCUUUUGAAGAUUCUGAAAAAAAAGUGAAUAUAAUUAAUUCCGAUGGUAAAAUACUUCAAGAUAAUAAAAUUUCCAUGGAUGUAACUAUGUUAGAUAGGUCUAGUAAAAUAAUGAAAACAUCACAAAUUAACAAUCCAUCAUCUCCUAUGGCAUUUGCUACGUCAUUACAAAAUGGUGGAAUAUUUACAAUUGUUUCAAAGGAAAUAUGCGAUGGAAAAAUUAAAGUAAACAAUUGGAAUGAUUUUUAUAUACUCGAUUCGAUAUUUAAAAAUAGUGAUAAAAAUUUUCUACUAGAUAGUAAAAUAUAUUCAUCUUUACUAGGAUUUUUUAUAAAGAAGACUAUUACAAAUUUCAACGAUUUGUCUUUAGCCACUAUAAUCCUUGAUAAUGUUAUUCUAAAGGCAGAAGAAAUUUAUUUAGUAAAUCACAUAAAACUUUAUUUAAAAAAUCAAAAUAAAGUUGAAAAAUGUCAAAAAAAAACUGAUAUAAAAGAAGAAUUAGAAUAUCAACAAAAUCAUUAUCAAGAAAAACAAUAUUUAAAGGAGGAAGAAAAACAAGAAAAUUUAAAUUUAAAUCAGAAUCAGAAAGAUGUCUUUUUAAAUACAACCACAAAUGAAAUAAACUAUUUUGCUAAUAUAUUAUAUGAGAAGUUAGAUCAGUGUAUUUUAACAUUAAUGAAAUCCUAUUCAGAGAAUCAACAACAACAACAACAGCAACAACAUCAACAAAAUUUGUUAUUUGGAAUAUUAGGAUCAUCAUCAUUUGUAAACUCUGUAAAUUCUUUAGAUUCUAAUAGUAGUUUAAAUAAUGGUGGUAUGAGUAACUGUUCUAAUGAUAACUAUUAUUAUGAAAAUAAUAUAUAUCAACAAAUAUAUCAAGAAUUUAACGGACCAGAAUCGUAUAACAAAUUUUCUAAACUUGUGGUAAAAUUCAUUAAAUCUAUUUAUAAGGAUUCUAUAUUAAAAAAGGAUUCAUUAAAUACAACAUUACAUUUUCAACUUGAACAAAAUGAAUUUUGGCUAAAAUAUAAUUUAAAUAAUUCAUGCUAUGAACAAAUAAAAGUUGAAAUAUUUCGUAUGUUUUACAUAAUGGUCAAUGAAUUCAAUUUUAUUACAAAUAUUAAAAUCAACACUGAUGAUGAUAAUGAUAAUCCUGAUUAUAAUAGUGAUGGUGAUAAUAACAUAACACAUCAGAAUAAUUUAAAUAGAAUUUUAUUACUUAAAAAACUUAAAAAUAUCAAUCAUAGACAUGCAAAAAGGAUACUUAUUAAAGAAAUUAUCAUGAAAUUUCCUCAUCCGAAUUUAUGGAGUCUUCCAGAAAUUGAAAUACUAUUAAAAGAUUUUAUGAUUAUUUUACUUACUGAUGCACAACAUUUUAUAUAUAAUUUAUGUGAAAUAUCAAAGCUCAGGACCAUAUUUGUUGAAUACUUGAUAGAAUAUUGUAAUAAUGCUUCAAAGGAUGAACUUUUUAUUAUACUUAAUUUUAUGAAUAAUGCUUCAAAAAUAGCGGAAUUAGCAUCAGCAACAGUAACAGCAACAGCAACAACAACAUCGGAAGCAUCAACAACAAUGAAAAUAUCAACAGAAGCAACAACUGCAAAGAAAAUUUAUCAAAAUAAUUGUCUUCCAAUUGAAAUAAAAUUAGAAAUAAUGUUGAAAAUUCGCACAAAAGUACAAUAUAAUAGGGUACUACAAAAGUUAAUUGAACAAAUAAUGCAAAAUGAAAUAGAAACUCAUGGAUGGGACAGCAUUCAAAUGAUUCUAUCAAAGAAAAAUAUUCAUUUGGAUUCAAUACUUACUGGUAAUAAGAUGAUUCAUAAGGAUACAAAGGAUAAUUUAAGUGAACUUGAUUCAAGUACAAUUGAUGAAAAUUGGCUAAUUAGUCAGAUAAUAAAAUAUUCAUCAAUAACAAAUCCUGAACAAUUUGUAAAUAUACUGUAUGAUAUUAAAUCUGAGACAAAAUUGAAACAAAUUUUAUAUUCUGAAAAUUUUAAUAUAAAAUUAAUAUUAAAGUCAGCAUUAAAAAUAUCCUUAGAAAUAAUGUUAAAACAAUUUCAAAACGAUUGUAUACAAUAUAAUCCUCAUAUAAAUUACAUGAAUUUAAAUCCAUUGGCAAGAGUAAGUUUGCAUAUAUUAAAGGAAUCUUUAGAUAAUUUAAAACAAUUAAUUGUUGAAUGUAAGCAACAAGAAAAAGAAAAACAAUGCCAAAUGCAAUCGAAUGCAGAAAAUUUAAAUAAUGAAUUUUGGUAUUUAUCAACAUGUGUUAUAGCUCUAUUGGAAAAUAUUAAACGAAUUUAUAAUAUCGGUUUAAUGUAUGUUGAUGCGCGAUUAUUACAGAAAUUUAUUAAAGAUCAAAUUUUAAAAUCAGAAACUUUAGUUGAUUCUUUAAUAACAUUUUUAUUACAUUUAAGUAAUUAUGUUAAGGAUUCAUUACAAUUAAAAAAUGUAAAAAAUAUUAAAAAAUUUUUAUCAUACAAUUGUACUAAACAAAAUAAUAACAUAGAAGAACGUUGCAAAGAACAUGACAAUUCUAAAAAAACGAAUACUAGCGAUAAUAAAUCGAAUUCUGAAACUUUAAUAAAUAGUGAUAGUAAUUGUGAUAACCAUUCUACGUCUGGUGAUAUUGAAAACAAUGAUAAUGAUAUUAAUUUUUCAAAAGAUAAUAUUACAAUGCCUUGUAUUAAUAAUAAAAAUAAUGUUUCAAUAACAAGCUUUAACAUUUGUGGUAAUAACAACUACAAUAUCAAUAAAUAUGAUUGCUGUGGCUGUACCAACAAUGAUAUUACUUACAAUGAUAAUAAGAAAUCAAUAGAAAUUUUUACAUAUUGCAAAUGUAUUGAUUUAUUAUUAAAAGAAAAUCUCAUUUGGUUUGAAAUGAAUGAAUCUGAUGACAAUAUAUGCGGUAAUAAUACUAAAGGAAAAUAUGAGCAUCAUUUAAAUACAAUUUUAGAAUUUAUUCAUAUUGGUUUAAUUAGAUCAAUUGGUAAUACAUUCUUUUAUAGAAAAUAUAAAUUACAAAAGAAAAAUUCAUCAGAGAAUAACAUAGAAAUGGAAAAUAAUUUAAAAUACAAUGCAUCAUCAUCAUCAUCAUGUUUAGAAAAUGAUAUAAAAAUUUUACAAAAUAAAUUAGAAUUAUAUGAAGAAAUUGAUGAUGAUAAUGUUACUAGCGACAAAUUAAUGGAAAAUUUUAAUCUAAAGAAAAAUGAUAUUGAAUUGAAUGAUACAAUAGAUGACGGUGAUAAUAAAAAUGAAAUAUUUUAUAAGGAGAAUACAGAAAUCAAUGAAAAAUCCAACUAUAACUCUUACAAUAAAAAGAAAAUUAUUGAAAAAGCAAUCUUUAUCGCUAAUGUAAUUGAAACAGAUUGUAAUAUAAAUUUGGAAAAUUCAUCAUAUACUUCAUUAUUGGAUAUUUUAAAGUCAAUUGGAAUUUCAUUACUUCGAAUGAACAACUUUUACGCUUAUGCUGUUACACCUUUUGAAAUUAUAGAGGAGCAUCAUGGUGAUUACUAUGAUGAAAUGAAUGAUCAAUGCUAUCAGAAACGUCAAGGUAACCGUAAACAGAGUGGAAAAUUGCCAUCGAUACCAGUUGAAGAGCUUAGUGAUGUUGAUAUUUUACGAAAAUUCGUUAAAAGGCUUUCGAUUUUUGGAUUUACAUCACGUCAACAAUUUGAAGAAUAUUUCAUGACAUUUCUGUUACUUAUAAAUACUGAUUAUAAUGAUAGUAUGGUCGAUAUUCAAGAACAAUUUCAAAUUCGAAAUAUUUGUCUCAAAGCAAUUCUCGAACUUUUAAUUACAUAUAAAACUUUUCCAAUUGUGGGAAAUAAACUUUCAUCAUUCCAUCAUACAACAAGAUGGUCUAAAAUAAAAUGUGAUAACAUCAGUACUAAAAAAUUAUAUAAAGUUCAAUUACUUGUUCCUGGCUCUAAUGUUUUCUAUAUACCAAAUUUGGAACGUAAUUUAUCAUCAAUGUUAAGUGAAAAUGGAAAUGAUGGAAUGUAUAAUAUUAAAAAUUCUUCAAUUGGAACGGAUUUAUUUCAAGCAAAUCAAUAUGAUUUGAAUUUUGUUUGGCAACUAAUGGAAAAUUCAAAUAUGGAACCUGAUAUUAAAAAUAAUGUUCAUAUAAAAAAUUUUCAAUAUUUUAGGCAACAAUCAGAAAUUGAUUUUAAAAGUAGUUCACAAUUAACUUUUGAUAUAAUAACACAAUUAAUAGAGAAUAAUUAUGUAUUAGCGUUACCGAAUUUAGUGAAAUUUUGUGAAAUAUGUGAAAAUCGAGAUCAAGUUAAAUGGAUUAAACAAAAAGUAUUAAAAUUACAAGAAACAAUUUCUAUUGAUGACACAAUUUCACAUCAACAUAUAAUCUAUUUAUUGUGUAAAACUCAAUCGAUGUUAAUACCAUCAACUAGUGACCUAUCUCAUUUAUGCUCCUUAAUUUCAAACUAUUUGAAAAGCUCUCAUGUAUUUAUUAGAAAUGCAACACUUCAUGGAUUGCUUUCUUUACUUGAGUGUUGUUCGAAAACAAAUACAACAAUUGGAAAGUUAAGUGAUGAACUUUCAAUGUUAAGAGAUCUAAUAAUCGGUUAUAUAAUACGACAUGGAAUUAUUGAAGAAAGUUCACUUACAUUUAGUGAUUUACAUACGAAAUUAGUAUGGACAUUAAAUUUCAGUUUAAUUGAGAUGACAGUGAAAUUUGUUCCAGAUUGUAAUUUAUUGUCGAAUACGAUAAUAUCAGCAAAUAAUCUAUUAAAAAGGACAUCAAAUGAAGAAAUUUAUUUGUGUGUACUACAUGGAUUAGAGAGAAUAGUGGCUACAAAUAUUGUUUCAUCUGUUAUUCGAAGUAAGAUUGAGAAAUUGGCGCUAGAACUUGUUAAAAUAGAUAAUGAAAGAUUUUCCAUACCAGCUUUAAAAUUAUUAUUAACUUGUGUUUAUAUGGGCUCAACUAAACAACUUGAAAAUACUGAACUUUCAAAUGGUAUUGUACAAGAUGAUCCGGAAAUAAUUAUUCAACAAACGGAUAAAGUCGAUAUUUUAUUACAUUGUAUUAAAUCAUCGAAAAAAUCUGCUGCACAAAUUUAUGGUAAAGUUUUGUGCCAAAUAGUUCGUGACUUGGUGCCACCAAAAGAGAUUCUAACAAAAGUUAUAAAAGAAUUUUUGGCAAUAAAUCAACCGCAUUGCGAAGUCAUAGCUAGUAUCGUACAUCAGGUAUUUCGUUCUGCUAUUGAUUCAUCAUUUUUACAAAUGUUACAGGAAUGGUUAAUAUGUUCAUUACCAACAUUUUUAAAUUUAACAGAACAAAAAUCAAUUUGGUCCUUAACUGUUAUAUUUAUUUCAUCAUCAAUUAAUUUACAUUUAAUAAAAUUAUUUCCAGUUGUUUUAGCAAAUUAUAAUGAAAAUAAUCGUGAACAACGUUUAUUAACAAUUGAUAAGUUUAAUAAAAGUAAUUCAUAUCAAUCUGAAAUUAAUUUAUUUGUAACAUCCGCUAAAGAUUUUUAUUCAAAAUUAAAUCAAGAUCAAAAAUUACGUUUUAAAGAAGUUUUUCAAUCACAUCAAAAACAACAACAGCAACAAAAUCAACAUUAUAAUCAAGGAAUGCAACACCAACAACAACAACAACAAAAAAGAAUCUCAUGCCGAGGUGACGGCAAAGUUUUUCAAUUAGUGCUCGAUAGCUUGUAGGAAGCAAAAUAUUGUGUUAUAGCUGUAAUAUAAGCAAAAUGAAAAAAAUUGUAAAGAAAAUUGU